UUGAUUGGCUCGUAGCUCGAGUCACCCGGACGUUGCCGGUAGCGUCGGGUUGUGUCAGCGCUCCCUAAGAUGGCGGGGGUGUUUGAGGUGGAGGUUGGAGGCGUAGAACACGGACACGACCACGGGCACGGACACGAAGCCCCUCAGGUCGACCUCUCGCAUCUUUCACCAGAGGAGAAGUGGAGGCUGGAACAUGCGAGGAUGCAUGCCAAACACAAAGGGCACGAAGCCAUGCACGCUGAGAUGGUGCUCAUUCUCAUCGUCACGCUCGUCAUCGCACAGCUCGUCCUGGUGCAGUGGAAACAGCGUCAAGCCAGAUCUUACAACUUGGUGACCCUGUUUCAGAUGUGGGUGGUGCCUCUUUACUUCACCACUAAGCUGCACUGGUGGAGAUUCUUGGUGACGUGGUUCAUCUUCUCCAUUGUCACCGCUUUCAUCACGUUCCGUGCCACACGCAAACCCUUGGAAUGCACAACACCAAGAUUGGUUUACAAAUGGUUUUUCCUCUUGUACAAGAUCAGCUACACGACAGGCAUUGUGGGCUACAGCGUAGUCAUGUUCACGCUCUUCGGCAUCAAUUUGAUAUUUAGAAUAAAGCCGGAGGAUUCGAUGGAUUUUGGGGUUUCCAUGCUGUUUUAUGGCCUGUAUUACGGUGUCCUGGGCAGGGAUUUUGCUGAGAUGUGUGCAGACUUCAUGGCUUCCACAAUAGGGUAUUACAGCGCAUCAGGAAUGCCCACGAAACACCUUUCGGACAGCAUCUGCGCCGUGUGCGGUCAGCCCAUCCUGGUGAGCGUGGACGAAGAAGGGAUCAUGGAGAACACCUACAGACUGUCCUGCAACCACGUAUUUCACGAGUUCUGCAUACGAGGCUGGUGCAUCGUGGGUAAGAAACAGACCUGCCCAUACUGCAAGGAAAAGGUGGACCUGAAGAGAAUGUUCAGUAAUCCAUGGGAGAGACCUCACGUCAUGUACGGACAGUUACUGGACUGGCUUCGCUAUCUCGUAGCCUGGCAACCGGUCAUAAUCGGACUAGUGCAAGGCAUCAAUUACAUCCUGGGUCUUGAGUGACGGCCAUGCCCAUCCCCGAGAGAGAGAGAGAGAGAGAGAAAGAGAGAUACUAUAUGCAGUCUGUUAUGGGGUUAAUCUGGACACUGGGACUGGAACUUUAAUCACCAAAAGUGUGUAAUGUACUGUAUAUUGGCACACACACUGUGCAUCUGUGUAUUUAAAGGAGAAAAAAAAGAAAUCUAAUAGACGUCUGGCUUUGUUUUUGAAAUGUGUUUUGUUUUAUAAUCGUUUUUUUUUUUUUAAAGAAAAUACUAAUCUGUCUUAAUGUUUUUAACCGUAAAUGACAACCUCAAAAACUUUUUUUUUUUUUUAUAAACUCU